UAAUUUAUCUGCAUUGGUAUUUCCAAACUUAUGAUCUGCAUACGUUAUUUUAUACAAUAUAGGAGUUAAAAGAUCUUAUCGGAUUUAUAUAAUUUAUCUCCAUCUAUUUCCAAAUUGGCUUGCAGUGCAUAUGUUAUAUAAAAUGUUGUAUACAGGGGUUAAUAAAUCUUUCCGGAUUCUGUCGUGCACAAAAAUUUCAUAAUGCCAUUUGAUAAAACGUCACACAUUAAUAAAAUCUGUGGUAUCUGUGGUAUCAACAUUGUGUACGUUAAUUUGCAAUGCGGAAACUAACAAUAACGAGUGCUGCAACCAAGAAAAGCCUCAUUGUCCUAAGCGAACAGGGAAUGUUAGAUCUUGAGAUUUGCAAAUUGAGCCAUUGCAGCGCAACGAUUGCUGGUGGCAUGAAAAUGAUUUUACUAUGUGAAAAAGUCGCAAAAGAUGAUAUACAAAUAAGAUUUUUUGAGGAGAGAAAUAGACAACUAUUCUGGGAAGGAUACGGCGAUUUUGAACCAACGGAUGUACAUAAACAAGUAAGUGAACAAAGAUAGUUGUGUAAGCUGUUA